GUUCUUUGUCAUCAGCAACUGGGACACACGCGGCGUGAAGAACAUGCAGGGGCUGUUUAUGGGUUGCGAAAGUUUCAACGAGCCGCUCCAUCUCUGGGAUGUGGGGCAAGUGACCGACAUGAGCAAAAUGUUCGCCGGCGCUGGGAACUUUGAUCAACCGAUCGGGCAAUGGGACGUGAGCCGCGUCACUGACAUGAGCCACAUGUUCUUCGCCGCAGGAGAUUUCAACGCGCCCAUCAGCCGGUGGGACACUUCGCGCGUCACGAAUAUGGCGCACAUGUUUAUGCGCACGGACAAGUUCGACCAGGAACUUCAUUGGGAUGUGAGCAGCGUCACCGACAUGACCGGAAUGUUCAAAGCGGCAAAACAUUACAACUACCCGCUGCAUUUUUGGAAUGUGGUCCGCGUAACAAGCAUGGCGCUCAUGUUUGCCUGGACGGGACAUUUCAAUCAGCCCCUGAACAAGUGGAGCAUCGGUAGUGUGAGGAAUAUGAGGGGCAUGUUUUACGAUUCCCAGAAAUUCAACCAGGAUCUGUCGGCCUGGGGCAGCUUGACUCUCCAUGGCGCCGGCGGCGUGGAAGCAGAUGGCAUUCUUUCGGCGGCACGGGUGUUUCGUCGCCCAGAAAACCUGCGUCCCGAACAGUUGGCAAAGCUACAACAAGAAGAGGCGACCCACAAUGGCAGAAGUUACGACGCAAGACGUGAACAAUAUUGGCAGGAUGGAUUCAUUGACUUGGCGGUAAUCACAAGAGAGAAGGACAAAAUGGUUAAGCAGUUCCUCUUAAAGUUUGGAGCACCCACUUCUGAAAGACUUGGCGUUCCGACACUGUGGACAAUGGUGGAGAACCUACUCGCAUC